UACGGUAAUUCACUGUUGGCAUCUUGGUCUUGGUUUAAACUUAGUUCAGUUAUAGAUAAAAAUGUUUCUUUUUUGUUCUUUUUUUUCCUUUUCACUUUUAUUCCUCCCUUUCAUCAUCACACCCCCUUACUUUUAAUCCGAAAGCGCUCCGAAUAAUCCCCUUCUGUUUUUACCCUCUUAAUUCUCCUCCUAAAAGUGGUCUUGCUGCGGAUGAAGUCAUAUGGGUGCUGAUGCAACUUGUGUGAGAUUGAUGGAGAAAAGCGAGAUUACAGUAGUUGAUCAGUGUAAAAGAGAGACAGAAAUGCACUCGAGUGAAGCCUUCACUUGACACUUUGAUUUAGGAUGGUUAGUUUGGUUUAUGUGUGAUGAGGACACUUUGGGCUAGGCAAAGGUGGGCGGAGUCAGUCAUAGAUUAGAAGUGUUCUCCAUCAUUGUGUGGCAUAUCAUCUGAUAACCGCCACAGUGGGACAUUUGAGGAAGAUGUUCUCCGCAACGUUGGAGCUUGAUUUUUAAGGUGAAAAGCUGGUGAACAGACACAAAAGGAAUAAAGUCAAGAAUUGCAAAAAGAAGAGGAAGAAGGGGAAAAGAGGGUGGUAGGUUAGGUGAUGGGAAAUUGCACCAAAUCAUCCAUGAAAGAAAAAAUAAGAAAGGGUGUGUCAGACAGGUCCCUGGGGGGCGACGUGAGGGGCCUCAGGCCCGAGCAACAGCAGAAAGAAGAAGAAGACGAAGUGAAAGAAGAGUCAUUCAAAGAUCCUUUCAGGACGUUGCUAAAGAACAGUGAAAUGCUGCACAACAUCGCAGGCCCUGCUUGCGUCUUCCUCAAGCGAGGUUUUUUGCUGACGCUCGACCGAGAGCUGAGACCAGAAGAGAUGGAUGAGCUACGGGAGGCCUUUUUAGAGUUUGAUAAGAAUAAGGAUGGCUAUAUUAGUCAUAAAGAUCUGGGGGAGUGCAUGAGGACCAUGGGAUACAUGCCUACUGAGAUGGAGCUCAUAGAACUGAGUCAGCAGAUUUGUGGAGGCAAAGUGGACUUUGAGGAUUUUGUGGAGCUGAUGGGACCCAAAAUGUUAGCAGAGACUGCCGACAUGAUUGGAGUGAAAGAACUACGUGAUGCAUUCAAAGAGUUUGAUUCCAAUGGUGACGGUCAGAUCAGUUUAACGGAGCUACGUGAGGCCAUGAAGAAGCUGAUGGGGGAACAAGUGACCAACAGAGAAAUUAACGAAAUUCUCCGAGAUGUUGACCUUAACGGAGAUGGUUUGGUGGAUUUUGAGGAGUUUGUGAGAAUGAUGUCACGGUGAUGUUCACCACAUGAGCGAUGGACUUAAACAUACAAAACAGGGAUCACACGACACCUUCUUGGGCUGUAGCUAUUGUACUUGCAUUUAUUUUUACAUUUUCUAGAAAAUAAAAAUAUACAGUAUAUACGGUAUUUAAAAAGUCAUAAAUUUUAUGACAAAAUAAAACAUAUGAUCUUAAGUGUUGGGACAUAAAUAAUAGCAUGUGUUGUCAAUACUGAAUUGAUAGUUUUUGGGAAAAAUAUAUCUCUGCUCUUUCUGUGGAAUAAGUGUGUACACCACUGGAAUGCCCAAAUACUUUUGUCCAUAUACUACAGUACACAAAUAUGUUCAUAGUCCGAGACUACACUGCUGACUUUCUAUUGGUGUAUUUUUGUACAUCAAAUGUUUGUUUGAGUGAAUAAUUGGUUUGUACGACUAGAAUAAAAAAAAAAAAAAAAACUCAUAAGACGUGAAAUGGGUAGAUGACUAACAAAUGCAUGUAAUACAUCCAAUGGUAUUGAAAAUAUUUGUUUUGCUGUUGCUGAUGUGAAUCAAUGAAUGUGUUAUCAAACAGAGCUACGGUGGAUAUAAAAAGUCACCACAACUUUGUGUAAUCAAUGAGUUUUUGUUACAUAAAAAAAAUAAAAUAACUGUGAAACAUUAAUCCGUGUUCAAGUCAACAGCAACUUUAUUUACUUUAAUAAAAAUAUUUACCGAAUUAUUUAAAUGAUGAUGAUGAAUAGGUGACUAGGUUCUCUAGGUGAAAGUCUAGCUAGGACCCCCCAUCCCUCCCAAAAAACACAAUGUAUUUUCAUUAGAAUAGUCCGAUAAUGACUUUUUAACAGAUAACCCAUAUCCCGAUAUUGUCCAACUGGAUGCUUUAAUAAUGAUAAAUGUAACAUCUUAAAGGUUUUCCAAAUAAUCAUUCUGUUAAAAAAAUAAAAGAACAACUUCAACUUAAGUUAUGGAAAAAGUACCAAUAUUGCAGCACUAAUCAAAAAGCGCAAAGAUCAGUUCUUUGGAUCAAGUGCCAGUGAACAGUGCCAAUUUAGGAACCUAUUCUGUCCUCAAUGUGUGUGUGGGUACACAAAUCGACAGAUAGGGAACAAAUCAAAGAGAAGUCAGACAGUGGAGUAAAGUGGAAUUGGCUUUACUGUGGUCAUCUUUUUUUUGACAAGAGCACUGAUACUUUAUUUGUUAAACUAAAAGCAUCAAGACAUUGUGUCAAUAAUAUGAAAUAAUGUGACAAAUAAAGCAAAGUAUACACCACGUGUCAAUUUGAACAGCAACUGGUAGUAUAGCUCGCAAGCAAUGAGUAACCACAUUUAACCACAAAUGCAAACAAAACGAAAUAUACACAUCUCCACUGUACUACACAACGCUCAUGAAUAUAAAACAAAGGAAGAACAUAACUUACAAGUGAUGCUUGUAUAAGGCACAAACCAUUUGGUUUGAUGGCAAGAACUGCUAUGGUACAUAGGCAGCAGAUGUUAGCUCGUCCAUUUAGCUCUCUCUAUUCACAAUGAGCUAGCGUCCACAUAUGAUUAUGUCAGCAGAAAGUGCUGGAACUAAUUACACCUACCGCCAGCAGGGGGCUUCAAAACAACAGAAACACAAGCAGGCAAAAAGUGGACAUGAUAGCACUGCCAUAUGCAUAUUGGCCCAACACAUAUAAUGAAAAACCGAUGUCGAUAUUAUCUGCAAUCAUUUUAAAAUGCUUUUAUCGGCCGAUAUGAUCGGCUACCUAAUAAUAUUGGACAACUCUAAUUUUUAAAUACAUCUUGUAUAUUUUAUAAAUAUUGUAUUUUCACAACUUUAAGGGUGUACGUCAAUGUGUAUGUUUCACCUGAAACUAGUAAUUAAAAGCUCCGCCCCUUAUACUAGAGUCCCAUUUGAAGUGCGUUGCAGUGACAUACCCAAUUUUCAUCCUUCUCCUUUUGUCGCUUACUUAAAGCAGCACCUGAAGGAUUGGGCCUUUUCAUAUCAAAAGUCUUAAAUGUCGUAUUAACAGUAACAGAAGUGAGACAUUCAUUUACCAAUAGCGCUAGCCACUAACACAGGGACAUGAUGUGCAACCCCUCCCCAGACUUUUCACAGUCAACCAUAGCGCAAGAGCAACAAAACAAGAAACAAGCGGUUUAGGGCACCUGGUCAUGAUCUGACUCACGGUCACGGGUGAAUGUAGAUAUGUACAUAUAUAUUUAUAAAUGUAGCAUGAGAAGUUUUUUCCCAUGAAUAUUUUGACCCCAGGCUUCCCCAAAGUAAAUUGCCGCCUUCUCCACUAAGUGGCACCCUAGGCAACUGCCUAGUUUGCCUAUGCUGAUGGCCGGCACUGCUCUACACUUCGCCUUUUUGACUUGUGUGAUCAAUACAGGUAAUCA